AUGGAUUUCUAUUCGACAGAUACUCCUACUCCCGCCGGCCCAUCUGCAGGCGGAAAAUAUCUAUUACCUGCUGCCCCAAUAAUGGAAGCCUCAGCGCUGCUUACGAGACGCAUCCAUCAUCAAAAGCAGCUGAUUUCCAAAGCAAAGGCUGAAGCCAGAAGGAAUAGCGCCAUCAGCCUUGUGCCGCCAGAUCAAUGUACGAAUGAUGGUGCACCAAGGACUCCUGAAAACAAGUCCCCAGAUCCAACGUCAAGCCACCUGUACUCAUUGUCAACGCCAGAGUAUAGAUCAAUAGGAAGGUCGAAUGGGAGUGUAGAUAGCGACAUCAUCAGGUUUGGGAGUAUGGGAAUGAGAGAACAGACCGAGAUUAUCUCACAGAAAAGUAAAGAAAACUUUGGUCUAAAGUUGAUGCUCACUAAAACUCGCGAACAAGCACUCAGAUGUGAAAAGGAACUUAAGAAUAUGCGCCAAAAGCUUGAUCGUGUCCAAGCACGCAAUGAAGUACUUGAACGAGAAAACGCUGAACUUAAGCAAACCAUCGAGGGUCGUGAUGUUAUUCUAGAUGCAGCAGCCAAGGAGAUUGCAGAGUGUCAAGACCAAUUAUCUGGGUUCAGAGAACGGGCAAGUGCCAAAAAGGGUCGACAGGAACUUUCAGACAUGGCUAGCGCCAACUUUAAUAGUGACACCACAUUAGUAUCUCGAGGAUCGCCGUCUUUUGGUAUAUCGCCUUAUGCCUCUCGCGAUUCUUUGGCGUCCUGCUACACUCCCAUAUACAAGGAUGAAGAAACGAACUAUUCGCCAUGUACUUCAAACGCUCUCAAUAACAUUGACUUCAAUACGCCGUGUUCAGGAAGGAGUUCAAGCUUGAGCAGGGACUCACCUUUGCCCGGACUAACGCCAAUUUGCCCUUCUCGAAGCGACUUCAUUGAUCGGUGUGCAUCCGCAAUGGAUGAGAGCCCAGGGCCCAAAAAUUCCCCAUCAGGAUCCUCCCAUGAGUCUCUUCCCAGUCUUAUCAGUGAAAGCAGUCUAAGCAUGUACGGUGGGCGCGGCAAAAAUGGGGGUGAAACCGAUGCAGACAUUUUCUAUGACCAUCGUCCUGGGCCCCGUAAUGAGAAUGGAGAAGACACUAGGCUAAAUAUCAAAAGAUGGGGAAGGCAUGGUCAGAGUGAUAUGAAAGAAUUGACUCAAACGCCGACUCGGAACCCCAGCACAACACGGCGAAGCCCAAGGACGGAACUCAGGGAAUUCAGGGACAAGCAGGACAAGCAGGACAAGCAACAAAGUCAGGAUACAAUGCGACACAUGCCGCCUACCCCCGAAUCCAUGUCACCCCGGAGAAGAAUGGGUGGAAGUUUCGACAGCAUUUCGUCCAAUGAUGGCAACAAAGCUAAUUGUGGCCUGGGCUUGACGCCUUCAAUUGAAGAUGUUGAUGAUUCCAAGACCGAAACACUCGAAAAUAACCGCGGUAACCGCAAGGCGGUAAGGACGACUCAAAGGUCUGAUGUGGCCCCGUCACCGCUUCAAAAAAGUGUUCGAGAAAUCGCAGAUAGAUUAAGGUCUCCAUUUAAGUUUCCGGGCAGCGGCUCUGUGGCGCAGAAAGAGCCACAAACUUUCGGCGACAUCACGCACUUGAGGGAGACCAAGAAGCGGUUAGGGUACGGAUUCGGUAGCAAGCUUGGCAAUAUAGCGGCACCCAGUAAACAGCCCGGCCGCGACAUAAGCGGUCAUUCACGGAAACUCACAGUGAGCAAAAAUUCGAAAGACAAGUUAGUCACAGUCCCGGUCAAGCCUGUCACCACGAAUCUUCCGGUGAGGUCCCGCAUCAGGUUAUCGAGCCAGCAACAGGGACAGGGUCUUGAAACACCACCGUAUACACCGAAUAAUGAUUCUGCUACUAGCCACGACAGUGAGAAAACAACCCUUGUUCCUCGGAGUCUUAUGAAGAAAUUGAGCUGGGAGUCAUUGAAUUCUGGUUCAAAUUCAAAUGGUUCGGAUGGGGUACCCAGGUCGGCGUAUAACUCGCAUUAUGUUAUUGGUGGCAGUCCUUCCUAUCUUAGACGGAAUAGCACUGCAUCUCUAGCGACGACAGAUAUGAGUGCGAUGACAUUGAAGACGGUCAAAGAUAUUAGAAGGAUGAGCGCAAUUCCGGCGCUAGUAAGGGGGGGUUCUGUGAAAGAAAAGUCACGUCACCAUGAAUGA